AUGUUUCUGAACAAGGUUGUAAUGUUCCUUCUGAUCGCCUCCACAAUAGACGUAUAUGGAGUGAAAUUCAAGAUCCAAUGGAACACGGAAACUACCGAGUGCAAAGCAAGCGAUACAUUUGGCACGUGGGGACUUAGAAUAGACCAUCACCUCUUCGUUAUUUUCGACAAACAAACGAGACUUAUAAAAAAGAGACAUUCAAUAGACCAGACUCACAACAUCUUUCAAGGCGAGACAUACUUCGAAUAUGACGGAGACAUGAACAGUGUCGAUAUCGGAGUGUACUCUAUGAUUGUUCGUGAAGGUGUACAAAGGAGAAAUGAGAAUCCAUUCACGAAUCCUAACCUAGCGGCGGCCAAGACAAUACAUGGUCGCGAAUUGACGCCACCAGGAAGUGGAACGGAUUUCUCGCGAAUUUAUCAUGAAGCACCUUUCGCACUCUGGUGGAGGUUCUCCGAAAUGAAGCCAACUGGGGAAACAGAAGUACUAAAAACUUACGGAAUCGGCAAAUGCGCGCAUAGCAAGAAGUGGAUUGCAGACGAGGGUUUCUAUAAACUCAGCGAGAGUACAGGACAAUAUGAUCCUAUAUAUUACGACCCGAAGUUGACGGAUUUCUACUACUGA